UCGGUUAGUUGGUGAUCUUUCGCCGAGAGCGCAGCACGCAGCACGCACCGCCUUUCGCAGUCGAAGUUAGCAGGGAUUUUAAAAGUUGGAAACAACUUUUCGUAUCCCUCAGACCGUUUAGUGUGUGCUUCUAUUCUGGUAUUCUGCUAACUACAACCGUUUCUAACUCUUUUUACAUCCUUACGACCAUCCGAGUAUUCACACCGCAAAAAAUUGCAUAAUUACAAGUUUUUCAAAAUACUGUGCUGUGAGCGCGAAAAUAAAAGAGAAUUUAUUUCCGAGUCUGUUGAAUCAUCGCAUAUACACAGCUAUUCGUAUACAUAAAAUCAGUUUUCGUAGCCUUCGCGCCAUACACGUCAUAAACGAAAAACAUUACCGAAAUUUUCGCAUCCAAGCGAAAAAUAAAAUUAACCGUUGGAGAGUGUGAAAGAAAAGGGCCAAAAUGUCAAAGAAUGUCGGAAAGGGAGGCAAAGGCGAAUUCGAAUUCCCGCAGCCAGCGAAGAAGCAAACCUUCUCGCAAAUGAUCUACGAUCCACAGGAUGGAACAUUUUUCGGUCGAACCGGAAAAAAUUGGAGUCAGCUGCUGCUGUUCUACACGAUCUUCUAUAUCGUGCUGGCCGCUCUGUUCACCAUCUGCAUGCAGGGUCUUUUGUCCACUGUCAGCACUACGGAGCCUAAGUGGAAGCUGCACGACUCCCUGAUAGGCACUAAUCCCGGCCUGGGAUUCCGUCCCUUGAGCAAGCAGACCGAGCGUGGAUCGGUGAUCUCUUUCGAUGCCAAGAAGGAAGCCGAGAGUAAAUACUGGAUCGACCUAAUUGAUGAAUUUCUUCAGGACUACAACCACACCGAGGGUUCGGCGUUGAAGCAUUGUGGCUUCGGUCAGACCCACAAUGUCACAGAUAUUUGCCUGUUUAAUACUGAACUGUUUGGCAGCUGCUCGAGAGCCAAUGGCUACGGCUAUAAGACGAAACAGCCCUGCAUAUUCCUGAAGUUGAACAAAAUCUAUGGCUGGGUACCGGAUGUGUUUGACGAGCCGGAGAAGAGUAUGCCAGAAGAUCUGAGAAAGGUGAUUAACAACACGAAGAAGGAGGAGCGCCAGCAAAUCUGGGUGAGCUGCAACGGACACUUGAACAAGGAUAAAGAGAACUUUCAGGACAUCAGUUACUUCCCCAGCCAGGGAUUCCCUAGCUACUACUACCCGUUUAUGAGCCAGGUGGGCUACCUGAGUCCCCUGGUCGCCGUGCAGUUCAACUCGCCGCCAAAGGGCCAAAUGCUAGACGUCGAAUGCCGCGCCUGGGCCAAGAACAUCCGCUACAGCGGCAGUGCCCGCGAUCGCAUGGGGUCCGUGACCUUCCAGAUCAUUGUGGAUUAGGUCCGGAACACAGCCGCAUACUGGCCGAGGAUACGGCAACCGCAUCGGGUACCAACUACCACCUACCUUAAAGAAAUAUACACACAUGCAUAUAUAGAUAUAUAUGGAAGGAACUAAGACCUUAGGUUUUCAAAUGUAUUGUAUAUAUUUAUAUGAGAGGAAUGAUCCGACCGUCAAUUGAAAUCAAAACAUCUGGCCUAAAAUUAAAAUAGAAAAGUCCAACAUUUUCAAAUUAAAGUUCAAAUCGUACACAUGCAAUUGUUGUUAUAGCUUUUACCUUGUCUAUUGCUAUAAAUUAUUACUAUUAAUAUUAAUCUUAUUAUUUCAUUAUAAAUUCUUGUAAUUACGAUCAAUAUUUUUCGUCAGUUGUAUUUAGUUUUUAUUUAUAAAUGUUUAAACAUGUCCGAAAGUUUUUUGUUUCCCUCACAAGACCUAGGCUUGUUCAGUUUGUACAAAGAAGUAUAUAAAUAAAUUUAUUGAAUCGUGAAAAAUUAAA